GUAACACGAGACAUGAAUGCAGCAGUCAGCCACAGGUCGGAUCAGCCGAUGCCGGGAACUCUGUCCCCGAGGGACUGCAAGUGGGCUUGCCCCAAGAGUUUGAAUUAACCUACAAGACUCAUCCUGAAAGCUACGAUCUAAAGCUUAUAUAUACACACGCAACGGAGGUUGGGUUCGGUUGCCGUUUCACAGAAAGCCGGAGAGGAUGUAUCGAAACUUCGAGAGUCAAGGGAGAAGCAACCCGGCGUACGGAGGCAACCUGUCCGGGUCAAACUCCGCAUCACUGGGAAGCACCAGCACUUCCACCACACAGCAGGAACAGAAAUUUACAAUGGCAGGCAGCAGCCACUUUGUCCCAAGCCUGAAUGCCAUCACAACAAACCAGGACCUCCAGUGGCUGGUCCAGCCCUCACUCAUGCAUCCUCCAGGACCUUCACGCUCACCGGUUCCGCCUUACCCAUCCAUCAUGGCGGCUCGGCCGAUGGGUCCACCGCUACCCCAGUCCCAUCUCAUCAGACCCGGGGUCAUAAGGGCAGCUGCUAAUACCCCACCGUCCACAAGGCGCAGGAAUGAUGAGCAGUUGUCAUUUGAAGAACUGGAAAGACGCAGGAUCAGAAGGGAAAGGAAUAAAAUGGCAGCAGCAAAAUGUCGCAAUCGCCGCCGCGAGCUGACUGACUCAUUACAAAGUGAAACCGAUCAGCUGGAGGACGAGAAGUCGCGUCUGCAGAAAGAAAUAGCUGAACUGCAGAAGGAGAAGGAGAAGCUGGAGUUGGUCCUGGAAGCUCACCGUCCCAUCUGCAAAAUUGACGACUCUGACUCCGAUUCUGAUUCCACGCCUUCGCUUUCCUCUUUGGGAGCCAUCAAACUGGAACCAGAGGAAUCCAUCAUUCCGAGACCCUCCACAAAAAAGCCAGAGAAGCCCAAACCGAAGAUAACAAUCCCGGCCAAACCAGUGGCGUCCACCGCCUCGGUCGUCGCCUCCGAGUCCGAGUCGCUCCACACCCCGGUCCUGAUAUCGACGCCCUCCCUCAUGUCCUUCUCCGCCGGCAUGGUUUUCACGUACCCGUCCUCCACGUCAGAAGCAGCAGCGCCCGCCGCAUCCCAUCAUGCCUUGCACCCUCAGGCCCAGCAGCCCUGCGGAGUCGCCCAUCGGCGCAGCAGCAGCAGUGGCGACCAGUCGGAUCACUCCCUGCACUCGCCGACCAUUCUGACCCUGUGAUCGCCCGGCGAAACACUACAGCUGGUUCCAGUUCCAGCCCAAACGCGGGAUCUCUGCGAAACGCUGAUGGAAACAAGGAUGAUGACUGUUUUAGGCAUUUCAAGAUGAUCAGCUGCUUCGUUAUUUAAUCUCUGAUCUCAGCUGACCCUCAAGGCCUCGUGCACACGUAGCCGGGUUUUUAUAAAAACGAAUAUCUCCCCUACAUCGAUUUUAAAAAACAAAUUUCGCACACGAGAGAUCAGUUUCAGAAAAGUUUCAAUCA